UCCCAUGCCAGGACUUGUGGCGGCUGCAGCGGUAGCCUGGACUAGAGGAAGUGUUUUGGAGGCAUAGGAGAAAUAGCAGCAGCAGCUAUUCCCUUUUUUUUUUUCAGGAUACGAGCAAGAUUUGAUUUUAUUACCAGCAGUGACAGAAAGGAGCGAAAGGAGCCCCUGGGUCCAAGCAAACUCCGAAUAGCCAGAGAGCGCAUUCCAGCAGAGGAAAAUGAGCCUCCCAGCCCGCAGUAAGCCUGUUUGACGGCUGAGGGCUCUUUGAGACUCCGGACUUUAUCAUAUUCCUUUUCUUUCUACAGCUUAAACUUACUUAAAAAAAAAGGAGGAAAAGAAGAAAAAAAACCAAGUCGUCGCUUUCACUUUAAAAAGGAAAGCCAAAGAUUCAUAAUGGAGGAGGGAUACGAACUCGACCUUACGUAUAUCACAGAACGUAUCAUAGCUGUGUCCUUCCCCCGGGGGUGCUCCGAGGAGAUCUACUCACACAACCUGAAGGAUGUCACGCGUAUGCUCAAGUCCAAGCAUGCAGACAAUUACCUGAUCAUCAACCUGUCAGAGAAAAGACAAGAUCUCUCUAGAAUGAACCCAAAGACCCUGGAUACAGGUUGGCCUGACCUGCAUGCUCCACCUUUGGAUAAGAUCUGCACCAUUUGUAAGGCCAUGGAGAGCUGGCUUAAUGCUGAUCCGCUACAUGUGGUUGUUAUACACUGCAGGGGUGGCAAGGGUCGAAUUGGCGUCGUCAUCUCAUCGUUUGUGCAUUUCACUGACGUGUCAGCCAGUGCUGACCAGGCGUUGGACCGCUUCGCCAUGAGGAAAUACUACGAUGAUAAGGUCUCAGCUCUGAUGACACCUUCACAGAAGCGGUAUGUUUGGAUCCUCAACAGCCUGCUAAGCGGAUCCAUGAAGAUCAACGCCUCCCCCUUGUUCAUGCACUGCGUCAUCCUUCAUGGGAUUCCAGAUUUCAACUCCGCAAGAGUGUGCUGUCCUUACAUCAAGGUCUACCAGGGAAUGCAAGCAGUGUAUUCAUCUGGAGUCUAUCACAUUGGUCCAGGCCACAGAGACCGUGUAUGCAUCAUGCUGGAGCCUGCGCAGCUCCUAAAAGGGGACAUCAUGAUUAAAUGCUAUCAUAAAAGUGAGGUGACUUCAGAGCGUGAGGUUAUUUUCCGGGUGCAGUUUCACACGGGAGCAGUACAGGGUUACAACCUGAUGUUUGAAAAAGAGGACAUGGAGACUGCCAACAAAGAUCCCAGAUUUCCAGAUUAUGGUAAAGUGGAGCUGGUUUUCUCCGAGGGACCAGAGAAGAUCCCAGGUGCUGACAAGUGGAAAAAUGGAGGAGAUGUUAUUGUGGACUACAACACAGCAGAUCCUCUAACUCGCUGGGACUCGUACCAGAACAUCUGUGAUGGCGAAGCACCACGAUCUCAAGGCCUAACACAGGACAGGACGGCAAACAAGAGGAGCCCCACCAGAGGAGACGUCGCGCUGGCCCAAGGGCCGCGCACAACCUCCGCAACCUCUAGCCCUGACCACAGUGACCACGCUCUCUCUGUCAGCAGUGACUCAGGCUUAUCUAGCACUUCCCUGUGGGCGGACAAACCCACACCUGUCGCCAGCGCUACCACUACCACCACCUCCGUCAAAGCUAACCAGGGACCAAGUCAGCAGGAAAAGGUCCAGCUAAAGCGUCUCCUAAGUGGUUUUGGCCUUGAGGAUCCGUCACUGGAGGAGAUGACUGACGAAGGCUCUAGAGUGGGCGUCCAGCAGGUAGUUCCAGCGCAGGUGCACAUCAAUGGAGACCCACAAACCCGAGAGAGGGAAACAGACAUUCUUGAUGAUGAAGUCAUUACAGGUCACGAUCUGCACAGUGUGGACAGCUUAGGAACCUUGUCGUCAUCGUGCCACAAGAGCAGCCAGAACUCCCUGCUGUCAGAUGGCUUUGGGAGUCCCGGAGGAGAGGAGCAGCAAAGCCAAAGCCAGCACCACAUCCACCAUGUCGCACCUCAUCCUAUCGAGGACUAUGAGAGAUCCUAUGCUGAGGCUAGAAGGGGCUGUCUGAGCUACAGGAGCAACUCUAUAGCCUCCUCUAAUCCCAGCAAUGCCCCUGUACCCCAGCAGCAUGUCUACAGACAGGGAAGCUAUUCCACACAGUCCUGGGUUCGGCAGCAGCAAAUGGUUGCCGCGCAACACUUUACCUAUAUGCCAGAGGAUGGAAACGAUGCAGAUCGAUUCCACCGGAACAAGCAGAGUGGUAGUCUACCUAAAGCAGGCCUGCCCGCUGAACCACAGGGCCUUACCAGGGACUCCGCAGCAGAUCUUAUUAGAAACGCAGCACCCCACAAAGAACAAACGUCGAUAAACAACAACAAUAACAACAAACGGGAUGAGGAGUUCAAAUCUCUCAUGAAGGACAUCGACAACUCCAUCGACCAGCUCAAUCAGCUGAUCAUGGACCUGGAUCCCACGUUUGUGCCGAGCCACGGCAGCUCCAUUAAGAGAAAAGGUGGAACCCCGGUUAACGGCUCGGUCGGCAAAUGUUCAAACGGCAUCAACCUCAGAUUCAGCGAUAAUAACUCAGCAGACCUGAAAAGCACACAGCAGACAGCUGUCCAAUCCAGUGACGGACGAGUGGGCAUAACACGGACUCUGAGUUGCCAAGGAAGGGACGUCAUAGAUCAUUCAGGCUUCUGUAACUCAAGAUGGGCUGACACAGAGGAAUACAGAGGCCACCUGAGAUGUCCCCCCUGUGUGCCACAGUCCCAGCAUUCCAUAUUGUGUCGAAGUGACAGUGCGGAUUACAGAUCCAACGGCCCAGAUGUAGAUAAUAGUGACAUACCUCCACCCACUCCUGCAUUCCCCAUCUCUCCACCAACACCUUAUGGUGAACUCUGUGCAGAAAUGUGAUUUCUAACAUUCUGUAUUUGGUCUUACACAGAACCCAGGGAAUAUUCAGAGAUCAACCAUUUCGGAGUGGAGAGUUUGCCAGACCCCUCCAUUAACUGCCACAGGACACAAAGUUCCUCAUACUCUGCCUCUAUUGUUGGGAGCCUUCAGCAGACAGACAGUUCAAACAAGAACCAGCACUGGCCAGAGCAUCCUGUCCUGAGCCACCACUCCUCCUUGAGUAGCUACCCCUCUGCAAGACAACCUCUGCCGCACUCCGUGUCACUGGACUAUGGCCACCACUCUCCUCCCCUUAACCACCCCCACAUCCACCCUGCCCCGAAUGCUCACAGCUCUCCUCGAAGCAACCAGCUCAGCCGUAUAGCUAACUAUGCUCUCAACCGUAGUCCUGCUCAAAGCUUUGAGGAACAGGAUGAUUCAUGUCUCGGCUAUGGCGCAGACUGUCCAAACCUGGACAGGGAUCUUUUACCCUCAAUGGAUGGGCAGAAUCAGUUAGCACAAAUGCAGCCUCCACUUCUGCCUGAAAAGAAGAGGACGUCAGAUGGGGAGCAUUCGCUGGGAACAGCCUCUCCAGCCCUCAGUGGAUUCUCAAGUCCCCACAGUGGUAGCUCCCUGAGUAUUCCUUUCCCUAACAUAUUGCCUGACUUGUCAACUCAGACGCCAGGCACAGCCUCACCUCUGCCAGAUGUGCUAGCCAACAAGCAGGUCACUGUAAAAUUUGUGCAGGAUACAUCAAAAUUCUGGUACAAGUCAGACAUCUCAAGGGAUCAAGCUAUUUCAGUCUUGAAAGACAAGGAGCCAGGCUGCUUUAUUGUGCGGGACAGCCACUCCUUCAGGGGGGCCUACGGUCUGGCUAUGAAGGUGGCUACACCCCCUCCCUCAGUUCUUCAGCAGAACAAAAAAGGAGGAGAUUUGUCCAGUGAAUUAGUGCGCCACUUUCUGAUUGAGUGCACACAGAAAGGAGUGCGGCUGAAGGGUUGCCCCAAUGAGCCAUAUUUUGGAAGCUUAACCGCAUUGGUCUACCAACAUUCAAUCACUCCUCUGGCCCUGCCCUGUAAACUUAUCAUACCUGACAAAGAUCCUCUUGAAGAUGUCAUUGAGAACACCUCGCAAUCAGUAACAAACUCUGCCGCUGAGCUGCUAAAACAGGGAGCAGCCUGUAAUGUUUGGUUCCUGGGCUCUGUGGAAAUGGAGUCACUAACGGGUGUCCAGGCAGUGCAGAAGGCCACCACUAUGGUCCUGAACUCUAACGCUCCACCAACCUCCACUGUGGUCCACUUCAAAGUUUCUUCUCAGGGAAUCACCCUCACUGACAACCAGAGAAAGCUCUUUUUCAGGAGGCAUUACAAUGUCAAUACAGUGAUAUACUGUGCUCUGGACCCUCAAGAUAGAAAGUGGAAAAAAGAUGGCUGCCCAUCAGCAAGAAUCUUCGGCUUUGUGGCGAGGAAAACUGGCACUUCGACGGGCAACGUAUGCCACCUGUUUGCUGAGCAUGACCCCGAGCAGCCAGCAAGCGCUAUUGUCAACUUUGUGUCAAAGGUGAUGAUUGGUUCACAUAAGAGUAAGUAGAGGACAAAGCAGAUCACUUGGACAGACGAUUGCAACGUCUAGAACAACGAAUGAAAGACUGAGAGGCUGAAGAACGGACUAAAUAUAAUGACCCGAGAUCGUGAUGAUCUGAAUUUGAACUGAAAAACGGGCAAAUGUAAAGUGAUCACUGUACGAGGACAUUCAGUGACACCUUUAAUCGAAAAGUAUAAACAACCUUUUUAAAUUUUUGUUCCUUUCAGUGUAUGAACUGUAAAUUAGCUACAUAACAAAUAACUAAAUCAUUAUCAUUUUCACAUUGUUUACAACUGUAAUGUCUUACACAGUAAUACAAUCAUUAUUAACAUAUUUUAAGUUCCUCAUACUAAAGCUGCUUUUCUUACUCAUUCAUAGCAUUUUAUGGACCAACCAAGAAAACCCUACAUUGUUGUAUGUUUCUCUCAUAUUUAACCAAAAAAGAAAGGAAAAAAAAAAACUUCAUGCAAGCAUUCAUUAAGAUUUCUUUAGUUGUAUCUGAUGUAGAAACACCUCAUCUAACCAAGCAGGCAGGAUUUCUCUGUGGAUUUAAAAACAAAAGCAGUGUUGCAAAUGUGUAUGAUUUGGACUUUGUGCCUAACUUCAUCACAUGCAUGAUUAUUUUAUCUAUGCAAUGUAAAUGUUGUUUUUGCUUUUUUUUUUUUAACGUGUCGUUUUGUGAAAUGUGCUGCAUGUAAGUGGCUUUUUUGAAGGUGUUAAAUCAAUUUUGUCAUAAGAUGUAUUGGAGUAUGACCACUUUUAAAGCUGUUAACAUUUUAAUGAAAGUGUGAGCGUGCGUGCGGGUGCGUGUAAGAGCGUUUGAAUGAGAGAAAUUGUAGAAAGAUAUUUUAAUGAAACCAUAAUAUUCUUUUAUUAUAUAUAUUCUGCUUUGACAGUAACUGAUUAAAAACACAUCAGUACUUUUGUAGAUGGUACAAAAGACUAAGAACGUAGGGUUACCUUGUAACCUCGGUUCUCUGAGUAAAGAGUCGAUUGUGCCAAUUCUAGGGCUGCUUGGAGAUCAAAUUAUCAGUGAUUUCACGCCAGCACAGGUGCUCUAUAAGUGAGCCAGAGUGUCUGUCCACACACCCUGAAUAGCAUUGGGAUUAUCCUUGUACAUAUCAAAUAUGUAACAAAUUGAAGAUUGAGAUCAACACUGCAAUCUUUCAGUGUCAAAAAUAAAGCAGUAUACACAGACCCCCACCCCCCCUUUUUUUUAAACAUUUAUACUAAAUGUGUAAAAACACACAUCCACACACAGGCUGCUAUGUUACAAGAACAAAUGCUGUUAUUAAAAAGAAAACAAAGAAGAAAGAAAGAGGUCAGUGUUGGAAUUUGCACAAAUAGGUUUAGUGUUUAGCACACUCAGCUAGUCAUCUGUCAAUGAUACACAUUUGCUCUUGGAAAAAUCUGUUUGUCCUCCAGCUGAUUGUUCACAUUGUAUAAACGACGAUGACCAUAGAAAUGGAUUUGUGUUGGGUGACCAUUUUAUCCAGAGAGGGAUCGACAACCACACUAACAGCUGGUGUUAUUCUUGCAUCAAGCGCACGCUUAUUAUCACUUUCCAUGACCUAUUAUGUGUACCUCAUCCUUAUCUCAUUCAAUACUGUGCCUCAGUGUAAAACAUGCUACAUGUGAACGGUUUAUUUGUAUAUGGGCAUUUCCAUGUUUUUGUUCAGUUUGUAAAUACUAAACAUAAUGAAACAUUUAUUUAAUCUUGAUCCACUAGAUUCAGCAACUAGUGGGAGUGUUAGCCUUGUACCCAGAGCUGUAAAUAUCAGGCUGUUUGUUGGUUUUUGCAUGAACUGUAGCGGUGGUAGAUUGGGUAAUUGUUUCCCUUUUAUUAGAAAAAGGUUAGCUCUGUCUUGUGUCCUUGUAUCUCUGUGCUAAGCUAUGCUGUGCAGCUUUAUGUAAGUAUAGAGACACCAGGAUGGUAAUAUCUACCAGCAAAGGAGCAAAUAAAUGAAAUUUGAAUACA